AUGUCGCAGCUGUUCAAACCGUCGCUUCACACUCAGAGACAUGACUUUGUCGUUGACUUUGUCAGGAGGAAUAACCCCCAAAAGGUGGCGGACUUGGGCUGCGGCGAGUGCAGCCUACUUGGCAAGCUCAGGUUUCAUCGUCAAAUUAAGUUGUUGGUUGGAGUUGACCAAAAUGGCGCCAAGCUGAGGAAAAAGAUGCACGGACUAGCGCCUUUAUCUACUGACUAUCUGCAGCCAACCUUUGAUCAACUGUGUGUACAGCUGUACCAGGGCUCUGUCACACAAAAAGAUGCCCGCUUCAGAGGAUUUGACUUGGUGACCAGUAUAGAGCUCAUAGAGCACCUCCCCCUUGAUGAUUUGGAACCAUUUUCUAAUGUGGUCUUUGGAUACAUGGCUCCACAAACUGUGAUCAUCAGUACCCCAAAUUCUGAGUUCAACCCACUUUUCCCUGGACUGUCUGGUUUCAGGCACAGUGACCACAAGUUUGAGUGGACCAGAGUGGAGUUUCAAUCCUGGGCCCUGAAUGUUGGUUCAGAGUUUGGUUAUAAGGCAGAAUUCACUGGCGUGGGACGAGCUCCCCCAGGCCAAGAGCAGAGGAUUGGCUUCUGCACCCAGAUUGGUGUGUUUCACAGGCUCAUGGUGGUCAGAGAUGGUCACAUGUUUGGUGACAAUGCAGAAGAUAAUUAUCCAUACACUCUGCUUUAUAGUGUAACCUAUCCCAGCCUACGUGACGACAACAUCCUGCGGAAGAUCCUGGUCAGUGAGUUGCUGUGUUGGGCAGAAAAGCUAAAAAAAGAAUGGCUGGAAAAGCGAACCGAUAAACUAGAAGAGGCAAAUCCUGUGGACAAAGAUGAGCGAGUAGGAGAGUAUGGAGACAUCUUUUGGACAAAUAGUCCAGUACCACAGUGUCACACAUUACACAGGCAUGUGUCCGUUCCCCUGCAAUUGCUGUGGACUUGCUGCCCCAAAUUAAGGGAGCUGAGUGGAAGUCUGAGCAAUCUGAGACAACUAAUUGUAGAUGAUCCCCAAAUUAAAAUGAAUCGGCAGCGCUCUGCUGUAAUUCUCUGCAGUCAGGAACAAGACCCCGGAGAUGAAGAUCCGAAUGAUCUGACGGACAGUGGCUAUGCAGAGAGAAGCCAUGUGGAAGAGGAACACUGA